AUGGCUUGUAUGUUCAACAAAGGAGAAAACUGUAUUGCUGCUGGUCGGCUUUUUGUUGAAGCGUCCAUUCAUGAUGAGUAUGUCCACAGAGUGGUUGAAGAGAUUAAAAAAAUGAAAAUUGGAGAUCCCCUUGAUCGUUCAACAGAUCAUGGCCCUCAGAAUCACAAAGCUCAUCUGGACUCUCUUAUUGAUUACUGCAAGAAAGGAGUGGAGGAAGGAGCAACAUUAGUUUAUGGUGGCAAACAGCUUGACAGGCCAGGUUACUUCUUUGAGCCUACUGUAUUCACUGAUGUGAAGGACAACACGUUUUUGUCUCAGGAGGAAUCAUUUGGCCCAAUUAUGAUUGUUUCUAAAUUUGAAGACGGUGAUGUUGAAGGUGUUUUGAAGAGUGCUAAUGGUACAGAGUAUGGGCUUGCCUCUGGUGUUUUCACUAAAGACUUGAGCAAGGCACUGCGUGUGGCUGAUGGAUUGGAUGCAGGCACAUGUUUUGUCAACACAUACAACAAGACUGAUGUUGCUGCUCCUUUUGGAGGCUUUAAGCAGUCCGGCUUUGGAAAAGACUUAGGGGAAGAGGCACUCAAUGAAUACCUAAAGACUAAAGUGAUCACUGUUGAAUACUGA